GCGAAAUUUUCUCAAAGUUUGAAAGCUAUUUCUUACUUCACUAAGAAAGUAGAAAACAUCUCAUUUCAAAAUGAAUUAUAUUUUUUGCCAUAAAAGCAGGUAACAUGAUUAUUGAAAACUCAAGUAAUUCAAAUGAAGAAUGUGUUCAAGACAACGAUUUAGAAUUAUGUAAAGUCAAGCGAGUUUCAAUAUUAGAUUUAAUAUGGAUCGUUUCAAUGAUACUCCAAAGGAUAAUUAGUUUUGGAGUAAAUCUAUAUUUGUUGGUGCAUUACUACAUGAAUAAUCUGGAAGAUUAUUUUAUUUGGACAUUAACUUGCAUGAUUGCAUCAUUAAUUUUAACUACAAUAAUACAUUCUUAUAUUCAUUCUCACGGAAAAGUUGGAAGCUUUAUUAAAUGUUGCCAUGUAAUAAUAUUUGCUAUUACCUUUCGAUAUACUCGAUUAUUAUAUUAUUCCCUAUUAUCCCGGAAGCAUGAUAAAGAGAAAAAUAAGCAUUUACACUUAGAAUAUUAUAAGAAAGUUAUACGUGAAGAUAGUGAUUUAGCACUUUUAAGGAUAUUUGAAUGCUUUUUUGAAGUUGCUCCACAAACCAUUUUGCAAAUAGUUAUUGUGAUCUUAGGAAGAAAUGUUGCAUGGAUUCAAAUAAGUUCUAUUUGUCAGAGCUUAAUUGGUUUAAGUUGGUGUAUGGUAACAUAUCAGCGUUAUAACAGAUUUUCUCAAGCAGAUAAGGAAAACAUGUCAUUGCAAGGGGCUGCAUUUUAUACUUUAUACCAUUUUUGUAUAGCAACAUCCAGGAUUUUAUCAAUUUCUUUUAUACUUUUAAUUAAUGAAUUUCGUAUUAUUGUUCUAUUAGCCGGUAUAUUUCAUUCCUUGAUUUGUGGAUCAUUAAUUUUUUUCUAUUUAAAACCAGUGUUUAUGUCGGAAAAUAUAAUAAGUAGUAUUUUGUUUUGUGGAAUUUUAGGCGUUAUUUAUAUUUUUGUGUUUUUAAUGCCCGCAGAAGGUGAUACGAAGAUACCCAGUACAAUUUAUCAUGCAUUAUCAUUAAUAGAAAUUUUUUUAAUGUCAUAUGCAUUUUACGCUUAUAAUAAAAUUUUAUUUGAAGAUGGCCUUGUCAUAUUCUUAACAGUUUUGCCGAUCUUUCUUUUUUGUUUUGGAAUUAUUAUAAUGAUAUACUAUUAUAUGAAAUUACAUCCAACUAAAAAAGCUUUUAGAGAUAUAAGCAGAAACAUAAAUUCAUCAAAUGAAAAAUGAAAUAAACAUUUUAGAAGUAUUACAUGUACAUACCUACAUCAUUACAACGCCUUUUCAUCAACUAAUAACUUAAUGUAAAAAAAGUAUUUGUUUUUUAAAAAAUAAAAUUAAUAAUUAAUUAAUU